CCGCGGCGCGCCCCGGAGGCCUGGCAGAGCCGCGGCCGGGCCCGCACCCGGAGCGGCGGGAGGGGCGGGGAGCCGCGGCCGCGCCGGGCACCUCCCACCCCGCCCUCGGCGCCCCCGCCCCUCCAGGAAGGGGAGGAGGCGCGGGGAGCCCGCCGCGGAGGCCGAGCGAGCCCCCCGCCCGGCCUGGCGACUGGGGACCCCGGCCCAUGAGGCGGACGCGCCCCCGGAGCUCGCGGGUGCAGAGCCAGGCGCGAAGCAUGCCGUCUAGUCACCUCCCUGCUUUUUAUGGUCCGCUGGGUUCCUCAGCCUCCCGACUUCAUUCCUGACUUCUGUCUCUCUCCUGCCUGACUCCCCGCCCUCAGCACAUCUCCGCGCUCACUUGGGUAAGCUCGCUCCUGGCACCACUCUUACCUGCUCCUUCCCCCGGGGUAUUUAUUUCUCUUCGGAACCACAUUUUCAUCAAGGUUCUGUGUGCAACGAGAAAUCCUGGGCGUCUGCUAUCCCUAUUCUCCACGUUACUUCCAUUUCUUUGGCACAGUCUUCCCCGGACAACCCCCUUCACAUGUCCCGUCGUUUCUACCAGACAGAGUUUUACGCCUAGGGAAAUUGAUUUCCUCUAACUCUUGACUCAACAGGCCCAGUAUUAGAUCCACUAUAAUGCCCUUUUGUAGCUCCCUUCUGGAGGUCUGCGCUCCUCCUACCCAACCCACACACACCCAAAUCCUACCUUUCAGGAUGACCCUGCUUUAGCUGUUCUGGGAACCUUUAUGGGUCAACUUGUCAACUCUCUUCCAGUUGAAUUCUGAAAAUUUACAUUCACUGUGCUUUCUAGUAAACUUCAUUUUUCUGUAUUUAAAUUUACAGUCCUAUUGAUUACAAAUGAAUAGCUUUGUGUGCCUGGGAUCCAGGGAUCGUGGUUUUGAUGACAGUCUCCCCUGAUUUUAUGAAAGACUUGAACCUGUUCCCUUUCCAUCUGUAUUUCCAUUUCACAAUCUGAAAAAAAACAAAGUCAAGACUUCCAUUUUUGGGGAGAUGAGGGAUCGUACAGUUUAUUAGCAUUUUCACUUAGGAAUGUAGGAAUUAAUGUUCCCUCUAGUUAGUAAAGGGGGCUCAUGUUUCUGGGUCCAGUGAUCUAUACAACUGUGCCAUGCUGCUCUAAUCCUUACCCACUUUUUUUCUUCACAUGCUGAUAAUGAGGAUUCAUGGGUCUUGAGUCAGAGGUCCAGCCUUGGGGACCCUGGACCACUGUGAUGGAGACUGAGAGUGAGCAGAACUCCAGCUCCACCAAUGGGAGUUCCAGCUCCGGGGGCAGCUCUCGGCCGCAGAUAGCGCAAAUGUCGCUGUAUGAACGCCAAGCGGUGCAGGCUCUUCAGGCACUGCAGCGUCAGCCCAAUGCAGCUCAGUAUUUCCACCAGUUCAUGCUCCAGCAGCAGCUCAGCAAUGCCCAGCUGCAUAGCCUGGCUGCUGUCCAGCAGGCCACAAUUGCAGCCAGUCGGCAGGCCAGCUCCCCGAACACCAGCACUGCCCCGCCGCAGACUCCCACCACCCAGGCCUCAAUCAAUCUGGCCACCACGUCGGCCGCCCAGCUCAUCAGCCGAUCCCAGAGUGUGAGCUCUCCCAGUGCUACCACCUUGACUCAGUCUGUGCUACUGGGGAACACCACCUCCCCACCCCUCAACCAGUCCCAGGCCCAGAUGUAUCUACGGCCACAGCUGGGAAACCUGUUGCAGGUAAACCGGACCCUGGGCCGGAAUGUGCCUCUAGCCUCCCAGCUCAUCCUGAUGCCUAACGGGGCAGUGGCUGCAGUCCAGCAGGAGGUACCAUCCGCUCAGUCUCCCGGAGUUCAUACAGAUACAGAUCAGGUGCAGAACUUGGCAGUGAGGAACCAACAGGCCUCAGCCCAAGGACCCCAAAUGCAAGGCUCUACCCAGAAGGCCAUUCCUCCUGGAGCCAGCCCUGUCUCCAGCCUCUCCCAAGCCUCCAGCCAGGCCCUGGCUGUGGCUCAGGCUUCUUCUGGGACCUCAGGCCAGUCCCUCAACCUUAGUCAAGCUGGUGGAGGCAGUGGGAGUAGCAUCCCGGGGUCCAUGGGUCCAGGUGGAGGUGGCCAGCCACCUGGGGGCUUGGGUCAGUUGCCUUCCUCAGGAAUGGGUGGCGGGAGCUGUCCCAGGAAGGGCACAGGAGUGGUGCAGCCUUUGCCUGCAGCCCAGACAGUGACUGUGAGUCAGGGCAGCCAGACAGAGGCAGAAAGUGCAGCAGCCAAGAAGGCGGACACAGAUGGGCCUGCUCAGCAGAAUGUGGGCAUGAACCUGACACGGACAGCUACACCUGCUCCCAGCCAGACCCUGAUUAGCUCAGCCACCUACACACAGAUCCAGCCCCACUCCCUGAUUCAGCAGCAGCAGAUCCACCUCCAGCAGAAGCAGGUGGUGAUCCAGCAGCAGAUCGCCAUCCACCACCAGCAGCAGUUCCAGCACCGCCAGUCGCAGCUGCUGCACACGGCCACGCACCUCCAGCUGGCCCAGCAGCCGCCUCCGCAAGCCACAGCCCUGUCUGCCCCUCAGCCUCCGCCAGUCCCACCUGCCCAGCCUGUCCCGCCUUCCCAGUCCCAGCAGCAGGCCCAGACCCUGGUGGUCCAGCCCAUGCUUCAGUCUUCACAUUUGUCCCUCCCACCUGACCCAGCCCCCAAGCCACCCAUCCCCAUCCAGUCCAAACCACCAGUAGCACCCAUCAAGCCUCCUCAGUUAGGGGCUGCUAAGAUGUCAGCUACCCAGCAGCCACCUCCGCAUAUUCCUGUGCAAGUUGUGGGCACCCGACAGCCAGGUACAGCCCAGGCCCAGGCUUUGGGACUGGCACAGCUGGCAGCUGCUGUUCCUUCUUCCCGGGGAAUGCCGGGCGCACUGCAGCCUGGUCAGGCCCAUCUGGCUGCCUCGCCACCUUCAUCCCAGGCUCCUGGUGCACUGCAGGAGUGCCCUCCUACAUUGGCCUCUGGGAUGACCCUUGGCCCUGUGCAAGGGACAGCACAUGUGGUAAAGGGGGUGACUACCAGCUCCUCACCUGCUGUAGCCCAGGUCCCCGCUGCCUUCUACAUGCAGUCUGUGCACCUGCCGGGCAAGCCCCAGACAUUGGCUGUCAAACGCAAGGCAGAGUCUGAGGAGGAGAGAGAUGAUGUCUCCACAUUAGGUUCAAUGCUUCCUGCCAAGGCAUCUCCAGUGGCAGAGAGCCCCAAAGCGAUGGAGGAGAAGAGCAGCCUUGGAGAGAGAGCCGAACCCUUGAGCAGUGUGAAUGCUAACACCCCAAGCAGUGACCUAGUAGCCUUGGCUCCUGCCCCAUCAGCACCGCCUCCUACACUAGCCAUGGUGUCCAGACAGAUGGGUGACUCAAAACCCCCACAGGCCAUUGUGAAGCCCCAGAUUCUCACCCACAUCAUUGAAGGCUUCGUUAUCCAGGAAGGAGCAGAACCUUUCCCGGUGGGUUGUUCUCAGUUACUGAAAGAGUCUGAGAAGCCACUGCAGACUGGCCUCCCAACAGGGCUGAAGGAGAAUCAGUCAGGUGGCCUCUUGGGAGGGGACAGCCCAUCUGCUGAGCUAGAUAAGAAGGCGAAUCUCCUGAAGUGUGAGUACUGUGGGAAGUACGCCCCUGCAGAGCAGUUUCGUGGCUCCAAGAGAUUCUGCUCCAUGACUUGUGCCAAGAGGUAUAAUGUGAGCUGUAGCCAUCAGUUCCGGCUGAAGAGGAAAAAAAUGAAAGAAUUUCAAGAAGCCAACUAUGCUCGAGUUCGCCGACGUGGACCCCGCCGCAGCUCCUCUGACAUCGCCCGUGCCAAGAUCCAGGGCAAACGCCACCGGGGUCAAGAGGACUCAAGCCGGGGCUCAGAUAAUUCCAGUUACGAUGAAGCACUCUCUCCAACAUCUCCGGGGCCUUUGUCCGUGAGAGCGGGGCAUGGAGAACGUGACCUGGGGAACCCCAGUACAGCUCCACCAACACCGGAAUUACAUGGCAUCAACCCUGUGUUCCUGUCUAGUAAUCCGAGCCGCUGGAGUGUAGAGGAGGUGUAUGAGUUUAUCGCCUCUCUACAAGGCUGCCAAGAGAUUGCAGAGGAGUUUCGUUCCCAGGAGAUUGAUGGACAGGCCCUUUUAUUACUUAAAGAAGAACAUCUUAUGAGUGCCAUGAAUAUCAAGCUGGGCCCUGCCCUCAAGAUCUGCGCCAAGAUAAAUGUCCUCAAGGAAACCUAAGGUGGCCCUCUUGCACAACCAGCCUAAGGCAGACACUCCCCACUAUCCAGGUUAUAACCUGGUACCAGCAGACUUUACAGGGAAGAAAGAGCUGUUCCAGUUGUUAAUCUUCCAGAGAGAGGAUUACUGAGACAAGGAAGGAAAACGCAAGAACUGGUUGCUGGUGCUAUAUGGUGGCAGCUUUGACAUUUUCUCUGGGUUCUACUAUAUUUUUAAAAAUCUUUCCAAUUCUCACCUACCCUAAUCCAAUCUUUAUAAAAAGAGGCAGUCUAGAGAACUAGGACUGCUCAGCCUUAUCCUGGAGUAGAGUGUCUAGCCAGGGUCCCAGCUGUCCAAGAGGACAGACAGCACGGCAAGGCAAGGAACAGGUGGGACAUAGGUACGCCUCCGCAGGACAGAGAGGCUCUUUCUAGGUUGUGUGACACGAGUAGCAGAAGCUGGUACUCCCUCUGGAUUGUCUGGACCACCUGUAGCUGUGGCUGAGUUUUCUUUGUCGUCACCCCCAUAGUACUGAACAUCUCCUGCCUCCAUACCAGGGUCACCGGUCAGUGCAGACUUGUUUGGCAUUGUUCUGAUUUGCUGCAGGAGCUGAAAGUGUCUGGCACAUGUGGCUGCUGUCAUUCUUUCUGCAUCCCCCUGCUGUCUCCCAAUUUAUCUGUUGUCUUCUACCCCUUUCUUUUCAGUUCCAACUCUGCUCUGUCCUAUAGCUUUAUAAAACAGGAGUGCGUGGGGCUAAGGUCAGGAGUAUAAGUACCUGCCUUAGGCGCUAUUCCUUCUACAACAAAAAUAUUAUUUUUUCCUCCUCAGUAAAAGGAUGAAAAUUGGU